GCGUCGCACCAACGUCGUCGGCGAACCGGCCGACCGUCUCAACCGAGCGUUCUCCUCUCGCCAGGCCAGUAUCAAGCCGGGAGCCGUCGAGAGGGUUGAUCCACCUCCGCAAUCGGCGUUCACGUUACACUCGAACCACGUACAUAUCCGAGGAAACGACACGCCAGACGACGACGACCAGGGUGACGGUCUGUAGAGACUCAGUCGAGGGUGCGCGCGGGUGUAGUUGCACAACAGCACCGUGGCGGCUGUUGGCAUUUCGUUCAGGUGCGCGGCUAUCAGUGGAACUCACGGGGUUGGAUGAGAAAAAUGGGGCGUACGCCGAGCAACGAGAACCGGAUCGAUCGCGAAAUAAACGUACGCUGGAUGGACGACGACAUCGAGUAACCUCCCUCAAAAGCGGAAACCGAACAGUCGGCGACGCGGGUCGUAUCGUCGGCGGUGGCUCGUGUGUCUCUGUGAGAAUACUCGCGCCAUAGUGCGGUGGAUCGCGACGGUGCCCGAUACGCUACAGAGGAUAGAAUUCACCGGACACGGAGUCGUCGGGGUGAACGAGGGCUGCGUGAUAUCGUGUACACGAAAGAAACAGGGCUCGUCGCUGCGCGUCAGAUCCAGUGGCCGAGUUCUAAGUUUUACUGGUCGCGUAGGGUGCGUGGUGAAAGUGGUCGUGUCACCGUGUAUCAGGAGGUCGAGGUCGUGCCACCGAAGGUAUCGUCGAAACGCGACGACCGCGGCGACGUUUUGAGUGAUCGCCGACGAACGCAGGUGUCGCGAUACGAAUGAUACCAUUCCGACCCCGCGAAUUCUCGUGACCCUGAGGAAAUCGAGCCACGCCGUAAUUGGACACUCUUUCGGAAUCACCAUAGUCGGAGCUCGAGCUGCACAAACCGAGGAAAGAACGGGGUGGUAACACGCCAGGAAUCAACCAAGUGGAGGCUUAAGGGGCACUCGAAGAGACGACUACGUCGUCGAGAGGACAGACGGAGAAAGUGUGUCACCGACGUGGUACGAGGCACCUCGGGGGUGCCGUAGGUUAGGUCACCACGCUAGAGUCCCUUGAUACGAAGCGCCGAUAGGAUAACAAACCCUCUGGCAAACGUCGCAUUAAUUACGUUCGGAUUAAAAUUCCUUUUCCCUGAAUUCAAGUGAUGCUCAACCGUUGACAUGCUGACGCUCAUAAUUGAAUCAUUUUAUCGAGACCCGACGAAUCUCGGAGAAAUAUUAAAGUGAUAAGAGUAAUAACUGUUUAGCCUUGACACCAAUAUUCCCUUAGAAGUUAAGAAGCAAACGGAAAUUCUGUAAUUUGGCAAUAAUUCGAAGAGCUUCGUAACAUGAAUAUGACAUCGACGAGAAAGCAUCGCCGGCAAGUAAAUUCGAUGAACCAGAGUCUUGAUAACAAGGUUCCAUUGAUCUGAUUACUGGAAAGUGAAUUCAUUAAGCGGGAUCUGGUGCUGAUUCGCGCUUGCACGAGUGACCGGGGAAAGAUUCGUUCGAAUCAAGUUGUGCGUAACGUGAUCGUGAAGUGAUAUUCUCAUUGAGCGGCAUUCGAUUGAUGAUACCAAGUGUGUAAGGGAUGAAUCAUCGUGGAAAGUUGUGCUCGUAACGUGUCAGGUGUCUUGAUUCGUCUAAUUUCAUCUUAGCAUCAAUUAACGAAAGACUGUAUCCAAGACACACACAUAUCCAAUUAUCCUCGAAAUUACUUAAUUCUGCUUGUACUCUACUUAAUUCCCCGGAUUUUCUCAUAAAGAGAUACUCUACUCGUUACUGUCUCUAAUAGCCUGCUUGCAAUUUCGCGUGGGAGGAGAUGAACAUAUCUUGAAGAAGUACACACAUACGAGGUAUUCAAGAAAAAAAGCUUGCCAUUCCGCACAGACGUGUGCAUAGUCACUCUCUCUUUCCAUAUCCGACACCCACGCACGUAGACGAGACCAUCCGCGCGUGCGUGCUCACGUGCGAAUGCAGCCGGUACAACGUGGCUAGCGAACAAGUACACAACCAACUAUCCACUCAGAUCGAAAGCCUUGUUAACAGUCGACCUACCCCGUACGGCCGAAUGUCAAACCGUCGUUGCUGAUCAUCACAUAAAAUUAGACAGCAGAGAUUUCGAUGUAAUGUGACGAAGAAUCAGUCGCGGAAGUAACUCGUAGGUGAACAUUUCUAUAAUUGAACAGAAUCUGAUGAACAGGAUCUAGCAUCCGACACGUAAAUCAUGCAUUCUACGCUCGUGACCGGCAACGUAUGCGCGCUGCUGCCGUUCCUGGUGAUUUUACUCAGCCAGGUAGCCCUGUCGUUCGUGCUGGAAGGCUCGGCUACCAGCUACGCUCAAUUCCGAAAAUGGAACGCGGGCCUGAACGGCACCCUCGAGUUCGAAUUUAAGACCGAGCAGGGUACCGGACUGCUGCUGUACACCGACGACGGCGGUACCUACGACUUCUUCGAGGUGAAGCUCGUCGAGAGCGCGUUGAGAUUGAGAUACAACUUAGGUGGCGGUGCGCAGAUCGUCACCGUCGGCCACGACCUCGGCGAUGGUCACUGGCACAAGGUGCAGAUCACCAGGUGCAACGAGAACACCACAUUGACAGUGGAUGGCGUGAGCGCGGUCUCGACAUCGCGCGGCAAGGAAUUCGAGUUCGGAAAGCUGGCAGGUAACUCCGACGUUUACGUGGGCGGCAUGCCUAGCUGGUACAACAGCAAGCUCACGUUACUGGCGCUACCGAGCGUGAUCUUCGAGCCGAGGUUCAACGGGUUCAUCAGGAACCUCGUGUACGCCGACGGGGAGAACACGGUGCCUAAGAGGCAGGAGAUGAAGAGUCGGGACGCCAAGUGCGGUGGCUUUCCCUGUGUCGAAAUUGUGAAACGCAAAUCGCCAAGGAGUUUACGCAACAUGAUGACAGCCAAUACGACGGACGCUUGUGAAACGCGUGAUCCCUGCCAACACAACGGGAUCUGCAUCUCGACCGACAGUGGACCCAUCUGCGAGUGCCGGUCCGGCGAUUAUGAGGGUGCCUAUUGUGAGAAAGAAGCAUGGAGCACGGUGCUGCCUACGGCGGGUGCUGGUGAUUACUGGGCGUGGGAGUACAAUAAAGCACCUUUCGAAGCAUCGUUCAGGGGAACGGAAUACCUCACGAUAGAUCUGACCGUAGGGAAACCGAUUCUGAGCACCCAAGAGUCCCUCAGUUUGCAAUUUAAGACCAGACAGCCGAAUGGACUUCUGUUCUAUUCUGGCAAGGGUGACGACUAUCUGAUCGUGUCCCUGAGAGACGGCGGGGUGGCCGUGGGGAUGACGUUGGCCAAAGGGAGAUUGGAUCUACACAUAAAACCAGCUCGGGUUCGGUUCGACGAUAAUCAGUGGCACAAGAUCACCGUCCACAGGAAAGUUCAAGAGAUAUCUCCUAUCACCAGUUUCUGUAAGCUGUACGGCGUCGUCGAUGGGAUUUACGCAGAGCACAGCCACACCGCAGGCUCGUUCACACAUUUGGCGAGCGAUCGACUGCUGGUGGGCGGUGGCGCCGACGCAAAAUCCCUGCAGGGCGCCAAAGGGAUCAACAACUUCGUCGGAUGCCUGAGAAAGGUGGAAUUCAUCGCGGAGGGGGUGAAAAUGGAGCUGAUCGAGGCGGCCAAGAGCAGAGCCGCGGGCGCCGCAGCCUGGGGCAAAAUGGAUUUCCACUGUCGGGAACCGAAAGCCUCGGACCCAAUCACCUUCACCACAAGGGACUCUCAUCUCGUCCUGCCACCUUGGAAGGCGGCCAAGUCCGGCAGUAUAUCCUUCAAAAUCCGUACCAACGAACCGAACGGGUUGAUCAUGUAUAGCCGCAGCGGUGCUCACACCAGGCAAGACCUUUUCGCGUUUGAAAUUUUCGGUGGUCACCUGUAUCUGCACGCUGAUCUUGGGAGCGGGCCUGUCAAGGUGAAGUCGUCGAAGCAGCGCAUGGACGACGGCAUAUGGCACGACGUCGCACUUCGCCGCGUCGAAAGGGAUGGACGCGUGACCGUCGACGAUACCAUAGUCGAGUUCCACACACCAGGCGAUUCUACGCAACUUGAUCUAGACGGAUUGCUGUAUAUCGGUGGCGUGGGCGCUCCAUUUGCACCGUUAACAGUUCCUCCGGUGCUGUGGACAGGUGCCUUGAGACAGGGCUACGUCGGUUGCAUGAGGGAUCUUGUCAUAAACGGGCAACCAAUCGAUAUAGCCGGAUACGCUCAGCAACAAGACUCCGGCGCUGUCAGGCCGGCCUGUCACCCUCAACCGCCCCACUGUCCCUCGCAACCCUGUAUGCAGGGUGGCCAUUGUCUCGAGGGUUGGAACAGGUUUCACUGCGACUGCACGGGAACACCCUUCACCGGUCCUACAUGUGGAAAAGACGCAUCAACGUUGCAUUUGAACGGAACACAGCAAAUGACUGCGUUGAUGCCGGAGGACUCGAAAACGCAAGCCGAGGAAAUAGUAGUCCGUUUCAAAACGACUAGGCCACGCGGCCUCCUCCUAGCCACGGGUUUCGAGAACAGCCCAGAUCGGCUGCAAAUCUACCUAGAGGAAGGCAAAGCAAACAUGCUGAUCCACAUCGGCGACAAGGAAAAGACGUUGAUUACUGGCCAAGGGUUAAACGACGACAUGUGGCACACGUUGAGGUUCUCCAGAAGGUCUGCUUCCCUCAAGUUGCAAAUCGACGACGAUCCAGCUGUGCGUGCGGAAACGCCGCUUGGCAAGCAAGGCAUUUUGGAAUUCCGAAGGCUCCACAUCGGCGGGUAUUUGCACGCCGGCGAGGAAAUCCCGCACUUCGUUGGUCAGCUGCAGCAGAUCUGGUUUAACGGCUACCCAUAUCUGGAAAUAGCGCGAAGUUCUGGAAAUCAUCAGGCUUCCCAUCAAGGUGUAACGCCCAUCAUCAGGGUCACAGGCAAAUUCGGCAAGCGGAAUCACCCGGUCCAUUAUCCAGUCACGUUCACGUCGAAACACACGUUCGUAGGAUUGCCCGUCUUGAAAGCGUACGUGGAAACGAACAUCUAUUUCCAGUUUAAAACGCGCGAGGCGAACGGGUUGAUCUUGUUCAAUGCCGGCCGCGAGCGGGACUUCAUCGCGGUGGAGCUGGCCAGUGGACACGUCCACUACGUGUUCGACCUGGGCGAUGGACCGGUCAGGAUCAGGGACACGUCAAAGUCGAAGCUAAACGAUGGAAAAUGGCACGCGGUGAGCAUCGGCAGGCCGGCGCCGAAAAGGCACACGCUCGCGGUCGACGAUCACGUUACCGCUGUCAAUAGUCAGGGCAGUAACGAGAACCUCGACCUCGACGGGAUAUUGUAUGUUGGCGGCGUGGAGAAAUCGCAGUACGGUCAACUGCCAAAGCAAAUACUCAGUAAACACGGUUUCGAGGGUUGCCUCGCAUCGUUGGACCUCAGCGGCGAGAGCACCAAUCUGAUCUCGGAUGCGGUCGUGCCCAGCUCUUCAGUGGAAUCCGGCUGCGACAUGUAUUCCGGCGUUCACCCCGGCAAAAAGUGCACGCACGACCUGUGCUCGAAUCACGGCACGUGCGUCCAGCAAUGGAACAGUUACACGUGCGACUGCGACAUGACCAGUUUCACUGGGCCCACGUGUAACGAAGGUAAAAACGCAUACUUACAUUCUCAUUCGUAA